CUCUGCUGCCUAUAAUACAUCCAUGCUCUGCUGACGGUUGAACCGCGGCUGCACUCCAGCUCCCAGAGUGCACCGCGGCCCCGGACUGUAAACAGUGGAAGGACGCGGAGGUUAUGAUCGUGUUUGUGCGCUACAACCUGGGCCCGGGCGUUGCCGUGGAGAUCCAGCGGGAGGAGAGCGUGAUGAAGCUGAAGGAGGUGGUGGCCAAUCAGCAGGGGGUGGAGCCGGAGCAGCUCAGGGUCCUGUUCGCCGGCCGGGAGCUGCAUAGCUCCGCCUCCCUGCAGGGCUGCGACCUACCGGAGCAGAGCACCAUCCACGUGGUCCGGCCCCCCUCAGGCCCCGCCCCCUCAGGCUCCUCCCCCUCAGGCCCCGCCCCCUUAGAAUCCUCCCCCUCCAGGCUCCUCCUCCUGCAGGAGCGGCUGGCCCCGCCCAGGGGGCGGAGUCUGGCCCAUCUGGACUUCAGCUGGUCCCGCCUCCAGAAUUCCUGCUCCGGCCUGGCCGUGGUGCUGGAGGCAGGGGGCGGGCCCGAUGAGGAGGAGCCACAGGCAGGGGGCGUGGCCGAGGCAGGGGGCGGAGCCGUGGUGCUGGAGGGAGGGGGCGGGGCCGAGGAGGAGGAGGCGGAGCCACCGGCUGCAGCUCCCCAGGGUCCUUCCUCCUGCAGCUCCUUCUUCAUCUUCUGUAAAUCCUGCUCCUCCAUCCAGCCGGGGAAACUCCGGGUUCGAUGCCGGAGCUGCAGAGAGACGGUUCUGACGCUCAGCAGGGGCCCUUCCUGCUGGGACGACGUCCUCCUCCCGGGUCGGAUCGACGGCGUCUGUCAGUCCGGCGGUUGCCCCGGCAACCAGGCGGAGUUCUACUGGAAGUGUGCGUCUCAUCCCACGUCAGACGACGACGUCUCCGUCGCCCUCGACCUCAUCAUGAGGAACCAGAGACGAGUUUCCUGCAUCGCCUGCACCGACGUCCUGGACCUGGUCCUGGUCUUCCAGUGCUCGGACCGUCAUGUGAUCUGUCUGGACUGUUUCCUCCGUUACUGCCAGACGAGGCUCGACGAGCGGCAGUUCCUGCACCAUCCGGAGAUCGGAUACUCGCUGCCCUGCGCAGCCGGCUGCCAGGACUCUCUGAUCCGGGAGAUUCAUCACUUCAGGAUCCUGGGAGACGAUCAGUACGGCCGGUACCAGCGCUACGGGGCGGAGGAAUGCCUGCUCACCAUUGGAGGACUGAUGUGUCCGUCACCCGGCUGCGGGGCGGGGCUCCUCCCCCCCGACGGCAGCAGGAGGGUGGAGUGUGACCCGCGGCUCGGCUGCGGCUUCCUGUUCUGCAGGACCUGCAGGGGGCGCUACCACGAGGGGGCGUGUCCGGCGCUGGAGGCCCCGCCCACACCUGAGAAUAACCAGGGGUUCCAGGUGGGGCAGGAAGCCUCCCAGAGGGGCCGCUGGGACCAGAACCAGAACCAGGACCAGGAGUCUCUGCUGCUGAUCCAGGAGUCGACCAAACGCUGCCCUGAGUGCUCAGUCCCUGUGGAGAGGAACGGUGGCUGCAUGCACAUGUGCUGCCCGCGCUGCAGGACUGAGUGGUGCUGGAUCUGCAGGAUCCCCUGGAACCGGGACUGUAUGGGGAACCACUGGUUCGGCUAGAACCGUCACCAUGGCAACCCUGGAACCAUGGCGACCCUGGAACCAUGGCAACCCUGGAACCAUGGCAACCCUGGAACCAUGGCAACCCUGGAACCAUGGCAACCCGUCACCAUGGCAACCCUGGAACCAUGGCAACCCUGGAACCAUGGCUAACCCUGGAACCAUGGCUAACCCUGGAACCAUGGCUAACCCUGGAACCAUGGCUAACCCUGGAACCAUGGCUAACCCUGGAACCAUGGCUAACCAUGGCUAACCCUGGAACCAUGGCUAACCCUGGAACCAUGGCUAACCCUGGAACCAUGGCUAACCAUGGCUAACCCUGGAACCAUGGCUAACCCUGGAACCAUGGCAACCCGUCACCGUGGCAAGAGCAGCAUCCGACCAGGACGCAGUGAUGGACGACACCGCAGACGAGAAGCUGCUGUUUCUGAUCCGGUCUGACUCCAGCUGGUUUAUUUCUUUAGGAAACAAAUUAAAGUCGUUGUUUAUAAA